CUGGCGUUCCUGCAGUGGACUGUCCCAAUCUGCCGAUCUCGCCUUUCUCCAGUGAUUGCCGGCUCCUGGUUGUGUAGUCGCGCUGACCUCCCUCUUUCCUGGAAGAUGUUCCUGGUGGGCCUGACGGGGGGCAUUGCCUCAGGCAAGAGCUCCGUGGUUCAGGUGUUCCAGCAGCUGGGCUGCGCCGUGAUCGAUGUCGACGUCAUUGCCCGGCAUGUCGUCCAGCCAGGAUACCCCGCACACCGGCGCAUCGUGGAGGCCUUUGGCACUGAGGUCCUGCUGGAGAAUGGCGACAUCAACCGCGAGGUCCUGGGGGACCUAAUCUUUAACCAGCCAGACCGACGGCACCUGCUCAACGCCAUCACCCACCCUGAGAUUGGCAAGGAGAUGGUGAAGGAGACCUUCAAGUUCUUCCUCCAGGGAUACCGCUACGUGAUUCUGGAUAUCCCCCUGUUGUUUGAGACCAAGAAGCUGCUCAAGUACAUGAAGCACACAGUGGUGGUAUACUGUGACCGGGACACGCAGCUGGCAAGGCUGAUGCAUCGGAACAACCUGAGCCGCGAGGACGCAGAGGCCCGAAUCAAGGCCCAGCUGCCCCUGAAGGACAAGGCGCGCAUGGCCCGCCAUGUUCUAGACAACUCGGGCGAGUGGAGUGUCACCAAACGCCAGGUCAUCCUCCUGCACGCCAAGCUGGAGCGCUCCCUGGAGUACCUGCCACUGAGGCUCGGGGUCCUCACAGGUCUGGCUGUCCUUGCCAGCCUCCUCUACCUGCUCACCCGCUACCUCUUGCCUUCCCCCUAGCUGGGACCGCCGAGGCAGGAAGCCCCCACCUCAAGUUCCUCAGAGCCAGAAGCUAGGUAACGAAUCAUCCUGUUUCCUCCCAACCCCCUC